AUGUGCAAAGGCUCUGAGGUGGGAGUGAGCCUGAUGUGCCUGAGGACCCGCUCCGCUUCAGGCCCCAGGGACCUGACCUGCUACCGGGUGUUCAGCGCUGGUUACGAAUGCUCCUGGCAGUAUGAGGGUCCUGCGGCCGGGGUCAGUCACUUCCGGAGGUGCUGCCUCAGGCCUGGGCGCUGCUGCUACUUCGCCGCAGGAUCAGCCACCAAGCUGCAGUUCUCCGACCAGGAUGGGGUAUCCGUGCUCUAUGCUGUCACGCUCUGCGUGGAAUCCCGGGCCGCGAACCGGACAGAGAAGUCGCCUGAGGUCACCCUGAAGCUUUAUAGCUUGGUUAAAUACGACCCUCUGCCGGAAGACAUCAAGGUGUCCACGUCAGCAGGGCAGCUGCGCAUGGAGUGGGAGACCCCAGCCCGCCAGGAUGGGGCUGAAGUGCAGUUCCGGCACUGGACACCUGGCAGCCCUUGGAAGUUGGAUGCAUCCCAGGAAUUUCAGCCACGGAGGCGGCAGCUCUCAGCGGCAGCUCCGGGAGGUCCCUGGAGUGGCUGGAGCAGCUCUGUGUGCAUCCCCCCUGAAACUACCCCACAGCCUGAGGUGAAUUUCUCGGUGGAGCCCCUUGGCCUGGAUGGGAGAAGGCAGGUGGCCCUGCACUGGCAGCUGCCCCAGUUGGAGGCUCCGGAAGGCUGCCUCAGGCCCAGCUCUGGCAUGGAGGUGACCUACUACAUCCACCUGCACAUGCUGUCCUGGCCGUGCAAGGGCAAGGCCACGGGGAUGCGGCAUCUGAGGAAAGUGCUUAUGCUCUCGGGCGCCGCCUACAACCUGACUGUGGUCUCCUGGAAUUGCUUCGGCCCCGGCUCAAACCAGACGUGGCACAUUCCUGCCCACACCAGCACAGAACCAGGAGCUCUGAGCGUCAGGACUAGAGUGGCUGGGACCACUAUGCAGUGGCCAGCCCGGGCCCAGGGCCUGACAUACUACAUUGAGUGGCAACCUCGGGGCUGGGACGGAAGCCUCGCUGCCUACACCCUGAUCGCACCCCGGGACCGGAACCCUGCUGGCAUGGCAUCCCAUACCUGGAGCCAAGCAGCUGGGGCGAUGGGGCAGAAGACGUGUUAUCACAUCAUGAUCUUUGCCUCUGCACAUCCGGAGAAGCCCACCUCGUGGUCCACAGUCUUGUAUUCCUACCACUUUCGGGGCAAUGCCUCAGGAGCCGGGAGCCCACAGCACGUGUCGGUGAGGAAACUCAGCCGGGACUCAGUGUCCGUGGCCUGGACGCCGUCCCCACUGAGCCUCUGCCCUGGCGCCCUGAAGGAGUACGUCCUGCGCUGCCAGAAUGAGGACAGCAACCAAAUUUUCAAGCUGUCUGUGAAGCCCACAGAGACCCAGGUCACCCUCGGCAGCCUGCAGGCUGGUGCAUCCUAUACUGUGCAGGUGCGUGCACACGCGGUGACGCAGUGGGGCGCCUGGAGUCAGCCCCAGCACUUUAGCAUCGAAGUCCAGGUCUCUGAGUUGUCGGAUUUGUCCAUAUUCCUAGUGUGUCUGGGGAGCUUUGUGAGCAUCCUUCUCCUGGGCAUCUGUGGGUACUUCAGCCUGAACAGGGCCGCACGGCACCUGUGGCCGCCCCUGCCCACACCCUGUGCCAGCAGCGCGGUCGACCUCCCUGGCAGCCAGGGGAAGCAGGCAUGGCAGUGGACCAGCCCAGUGGACUUCCUGGAGGAGGCAACACCAGAAGAUAUCCUGGUGGUGAACAUGUCCUGGGACAAAAGUGAGAGGGCUGACCUGGACACUCCCGGGCCUUUCACAGAGAAGACACAGCUGCCUCAGGGCACCCCUCAGCCAGCCCUGGACACGGAGCUGCCCUUGGAGGAUGUGACACAGAUGCAUGGACACCCCACGGCCAGGGCUCUGGAGCCUCGUGGGCAGGAUGGUCUGGAGGGCAGCCCUGCGCAGCUGGCUGGACUCCCACUGCUGCUCGGAGAUCUAAUGCAGAGCCCCAGGUUUAGUGGCUCCCAGCACCUGGAGGCCUGAGGGAGAAACAGGAACGUCUGUCUGGUCUUUUGGAUGGGAAGACUGAUGAAAGCUGGUUAUUAUGUGCUUAUUGUACACCCAGCCUGUUCCAUCCACUCACAUGAUGCCCUGAACCCCCAUAACCCCCUGGAGAGGUGCAUGGCUGUUGUAUUUUACGGAUGUGACCACGAAGGCUCAGAGAGGGUGGUGGCUAACCCGAUUCCAGCAUGGGCAGGACUCAAACUGGGGCCAAGGGGCCCAGACCCCAUUCCUGCCCCCAGCUCAGGCCUCACUCUCCUUCGUUCCCCCACCUACUCUGUCUGGCACCUGUGG